GAAGUGAUUAACGUCAGGGAAGCUAUAAAAACAACAGGAUGGUGGCGACGACAGACUGCGAAGAAAAGUCCAAAACCAUAUCUGGAAACAAGGUAUCCAAACCUGUGAUGGAGAAGAAACGACGAGCGCGCAUAAACAAAUGCUUGGACCAGUUAAAAACUCUUCUGGAAAGCUACUACAGCAGCAGUAUUCGAAAGCGCAAACUGGAAAAGGCUGACAUCCUGGAGCUCACUGUGAAACAUCUCAGGAACCUGCAGAAGAUUCAGAGCUGCACUGCCUCCGCUUCCGAGUUUUCAGAUUACCAAGCGGGAUUCCGUAGUUGCAUGGCAAACGUCAACCAAUAUCUGAUGAUGGCAGACAAUUUAAACGGGAACGACCGCUGGAUGUUAUCGCAGCUUUCCAGUAAAGUGUGCCAAUCCAGGGUGCGUGAGGAAAUAUUCAGCACCAUGGACAGCGGCCCGGGCCAGGCGGGGGCACCAGAAGAGGCGCGGAGGCAUCUUCCAUCUGCAGCUAGACCUAAGGACAGACAAAUGGUCCCAUGCAAAGCUCCGAAACACCACAUAGCGAUCACGACUCCACGUUUACCAAGUACAGACGCACAGCAGCCACCUGUUACCAAACAGGCUGUCUGUGUGACGGCUCCCUCACAAAAUACUCACGAAAAGAAGCUGCACUCCACGUAUCACAUGAAUGAAGCUGCAAAAACUGAGGAAAAGGUCUGGCGGCCUUGGUAG